AUGUCGACAAAAAAAGCAAAACCUGGCGAUAAUCUAUUUACAAUGCACUUUGAGGAAUUUACGAAACUGGUAUGGAAUAGAAACAAUGGCUUAACCCACGAACCCGUAGAUUUUCAAGAUGAUGAGGGAGUUACCAAUUCAUUUACAAAAGUUAUAGAAGUUGAUUCGGACUCUAAAGCGAAGAAUAUGAACAUUUGA